AUGUGGCGGGAUAACGAGGAGGCGACUGUCCACUGGCUGGCAGCGAGCGCAAAGGGCGGGGAGAAGCAGACAUCGUCGCGCCUCAUUAACUGGCGGAGGCCACUGCGGAGACAGGCGGGAGACAUGGCGACGCAGGCGGGCUUCUUCAUGCAGCCGUACGAGUUCUUCCAGAAGCGCGGCGUGGCUGGGCCCAAAGGAUCAGUGCUGUUCGGCUCCUGGUGGGGUCGGUGGAACAAGGUGCAGGGCGAGGAGGACCUCAGCCUUGUCAAGCAGUUCGGACCCAUCUUCGGCGAGUACGCUGGUCGCACCCCCGUGCUGGUGGCGACGGACCCCGCUGUGGCGCGCGCGGUGCUCCUGGACAACGCCAACCACUUCCGCAGCCGACGGCCAACACUCAUCACAACAGGACUUCUCUCACGAAUAGGAAUGGAACGAGGUGUGAAUCCUCUUGGAUGGUUGAAAUAUUUACAUACAUCAAUGGCUUAA